AUGUUCAAUCCUGCCGCCUUCCUCCGGCGGGAUCUCCUCGCUAUCCGCUCCACAACUAGCGCAUCCUUCGCCUUCAUCCGCCACCAAUCCAACUCCCGCCGCCACACAAAGCGACUUCGCAUGCCCCCACACCCAGACUUCAAAACGCACCUAACCACCAAUUACCCCUCCUUAACGCACAUCCUCCAUAAUCCCCCCGCUGCGGCGCCCAGCGUCUUUAUCACCCCCACGCUCUUCCUACCAAAAGACGACCCCCGCCGCGCCCUGCAAGCCGCUGCAAGCCCUACCAACGGCACGCCCGAGGAGCCUGAGCUCCCACCACCGGUCACGGAGAUCAAGGAGAAGAAAUACCACCUCACGCCCGCAGACUUUUCGCGCAUGCGCUCGCUGAGGAAGUCGAAUCCGAAUGUCUGGACUAGGGUGAAGCUGGCGAAGAAGUUUGGAACGUCCAGGUUCUUUGCCGGGAUGGUUGCCGAAGCGAGUGAUAAGAGGAAGAAGAAGAUGUGGGCUAGGGUGGAAAGAGUCAAGGAGCGGUGGGGGCCCAGGAGGAAGAAUGCUAGGAUUGAUAGGACGAGGAGGAGAGAGGGGUGGGGGGCGCUGAUGGGCAGUAGGUUUGAGACCGGAGAGAAAGGAGGGGGGAGGAGAGUUUUGUGA